AUGGCAGCUGCUCCCAGUCGACAAACCCAACGAAUAGAAAAGGAUUUAAACGCAUUAAAUACCAACCCUUUACCAUUUAUCCAAAAUUUAAACUUGGCAUUUAACGAUGGUGUUAAUGAAUUGACUGGCACAUUAAUUGGCCCUGAUGAAACUCCAUAUGCUGGUGGUCAUUUUCGUUUUAUAAUAAAAUUUCCUCCUGAAUAUCCAUUUAAACCACCUGAAUUUUACUUUAUUACAGCGAUGUGCCAUCCAAAUGUUCAUUCAAAAACAGGCAAUGCAUGCCAUGAUCACCUUACUGUUACAUGGGCACCAAGUAUUACACUCGCUAAAUUAUUAACUGAAAUGCAUUCAUUAUUGGAAAAACCAAAUUAUGAAAUACCUCUUGAAGAGGAUCCACUAAAUGAGAAAAAUGCAGACAAAGCUCGUCUAUGGACAGAUCAAUUUGCUCAACCAUAA